AUGGAGGGAGAACAAGGCCAGAACAAAAGCAUGGAGACUGGAUUUAUUUUCCUAGGAUUCAACACCGAUGGAACUCUGCAGAUUAUGUCUUUUACUUUAUUUUUUCUCAUGUUCCUCAUCACACUGUCAGGACACAUGACUAUUUUGAUCAUAUCUUUAGUUGAUCCUGCCCUUUAUACACCCAUGUAUUUCUUCCUGCGCAACCUCUCUUUUAUUGAAAUCUGCUACACUCUAGUCAUUGUGCCCCAAAUGCUGGUCAACUUCUUGGUCAAGAAUAGAAGAAUCUCCUUGACAGCAUGUGCUGCACAGAUGUAUUUCUUCAUUGCUUUUGGGGGUGUGGAGUGCUUUCUGUUGGUUGUGAUGGCCUACAGGUAUGUGGCCAUAUGCAACCCAUUGCGCUAUACCGUCAUCAUGAGCAGGAAUGUCUGUGUGCAGUUUUUGGCAACAGCUUAUGCCAGUGCAUUCACAAUCUCACUUGGACUCACAAUGCUGAUUUUCAGUCUUCCAUUUUGUGGCUCACAUAACAUCAAUCACUUCUUUUGUGAUAUCCCACCAGUGCUUUUUCUGGUGUGUAGCCACACAAAUACCAAUGAAGUGGCUGUAUUUGUUGUCUGCCUGACAAACUUGCUCAUUCCAUUCCUGCUUAUCCUGGUUUCCUACAUUUUUAUUGCCAAUUCUAUCUUCAUGAUCAAGGGCUCCGAAGGCCGGAAAAAGGCCUUCUCUACCUGUGUUGCUCACCUGGUUGUGGCCAUCCUCCAUUAUGGUUGCGCCAUCUUCAUCUACAUCCGUCCAAAGGCCAGCUACUCUCUAGAACACAGCAAGGUGGUCUCUUUGAUCUAUACCAAUCUCACACCUAUGUUAUAUCCUAUAAUUUACAGCCUCCGAAACAAGGAAGUCAAGGGAGCACUUAAGAGAAUAUGGGGAAGGAAAUUAAUUGCCAUUUAAAGACAGUGA